AUGGCGCAAGACAGAGGCCCAACUAUCCUCAUUGCGAUGUGGACGACCACGUCAAUUGCAACACUAUUUGUCGCUGCCAGGUUGUUUACACGAAUCAAGAUCUUAAGGAAUCUUGGCCUUGAUGAUUACUUCAUCGCAUCCUCUAUGGUAAUUGGUCUUCUAUUCGUUAGUCUGGUCACAGCUGCUGUCGCAGCCGGUGAUGGCGAGCAUGUCUCUACGCUGUCACGUCACGAUUUCGAAAGAGCAGCAAUGUUGAAUACAGCAGCGUAUGCUCCGGGCAUCGUAUCCUUUGUUCUGCCCAAAUUAGGGGUAGUGGCUCUGUUGUGUCGAAUUUUCAACCCGACUCGGCGCUGGAGAAUAUUCCUGUGGACAUUCGUCGGGGGAAGCGGCUUGGUCAUUUGUGGGUGCAUUAUCCUACUUUAUGCGCAGUGCAGCCCGAUGAGAGCCAUGUGGAUACCCGGCCUGGGAACGUGCUGGAGUCCUAGUAUCGUGGUGGACUAUUCCAUCUUCGCAGGCGCACUCUCGGCUAUUCUGGACAUCUUCCUUGCACUAUAUCCUGCAGUGAGACUGUGGAAUCUCCAGAUGCCAACCAGGAGAAAGGCUCUACUCCUUGCUGCCUUUGCGCUAGGAUCCUGUGCUGCUGUCGUGGCCGUCGUUAAAUGUACUCAUAUUCCAGGACUAGCAGACGAAUCUGACCCGACCUAUAGCACAUCAGAACUCGUUAUUUGGACUAAGUAA